AUGGCAAAGAACAUCGACUCUUUUGAACAACUUACGACCCGAGUCGGACGACUGCGGAUGAGAAGAUGUGGCCCAACACCAGCUUUGACUAUCUUCGUCGCUCACGCUCCAACAUCAAGCUACGAAGAAGAAGAAGUCGAAGCUUUCUAUAUGGACCUGGAGAAGAGAAGAUCAUGCCUUCUACAAGGUCAUAAUUGGCGAUUUCAAUGCCAAAGUUGGCCCAAGAAAAACGCCGGAGGAACUUCACAUGGGAACCCACGGCCUACAAUGGAACGACGAGGGGGAGAGGCUCUCCGAGUUCAUCAUGACGACUAA